AUGACAGAGGGUCGAGUUUAUCGUAUUCAAGGCAAACUUUACGAAGGAGCAACGGAAUUACAGUGGCACAAAGACUUCUCGAACACUCAGUCCGCCCUGUUCCGAAAGUUUUCAAGUGCUGUCGAGAGUUACGUUUACGAAGCUGUUCAGCAUUCCGGCGCCAAAGAUCUACGGAAUUCAGUUGUUGUGUUCUUAUACUUCAAACGUGGCUCAGUCUAUGCAAACUUAGAUUUGGAGACUUCAUCCACAAAUCCGAUUGCUACCGAAGAACUGGCCAAUUACUUGUAUUUAGGAUCCAUGAUUUACGCGUCGAAUCAAACCUCUAAUUCCAAUCAGCUGGUAUGGUUCGGCAAUCGAACCGUGCCCACAAUUUUCGAUGUUACUCCCCGAACAAGUUGUAAGGACUACGCCUCCACUUGCCCAGCACAUAGCCACUGUGCGGACACGCUGAAUGGUUAUUUGUGCUUGUGCAACACAAUGUGGCGUGAUGCAAACCCGCAUGAUCCCGGAAAGAGCUGCAUCCUGAGCGUCGGUGCAAUCGUCUUGAUCGUGUUUGGUGCCAUCCUUGGAGGCUCAGUCCUAUCGGCCAUCAUUUUGAGCUCUAUCUAUGUGAAACGCUUCAAUCAACUCUAA